CAAGGUUAGGGGUUUGUGGGAUAUCUCCAUGGUCCUCGUCUACCCCUCUCCGUCACGUUGUAACAUGUAAGUAGCUAUAAAAAAGUUUGUUCCUACAUUCUCCCUCCUCUCUGGCAAGGCGAACUAACCCAACUGCUAUCGAACCAAAAACAAAAAAAAAAAAAUGCACCUCAUCACCAUAGUCGUUGCGGCGCUUGUAGCGCCCUUUUGCAUCCUCGCUGCUCCACUGACAGCGACCAGUACUAGUACUGCCUACUACAAUGAAGUCCUCGAUAAGCGAGAGAAUCUGUGCAACCUGAGCUCUCCCCCACAGCUCUGCCAACCCAACUCAUCCGUGACGAUCGAGGAGACGGCUCUCAGGGCGUACAAGUUCUACCGCGCCUUUGUGGUGGACGGCGAUCCCCGGACCAUGUUCUCCCUCAUCGACAGUGUCUACAAGCAAAACUCGCCCGGGUACCAGAGCGGGCCGCAGGCCAUCUGGCCCCUCUUCUGCAACGGCAGGAAGAUCGGGACCGAGCAGAACACGGCGUGGUGCUUCGACGCCAGCACCAACAUGUCGUAUGCCCGGUACUCGGUGACGGACCGGUGGCGCUGGGUGGAUGGCUGUGUCCACGAACAUUGGGAUCGGAAUGAGAGGAUUCCUUCCCAGGACAAGUGCUACAAGUUGCCUACGGGCACUGUAUGAAGGUGAAUAGGUAUGGUUUUUGGGUCGGUUGUGUGUCUUGUAUGAUUCGGGCUGUCUGGUCCUGCCUAGGUAUCUAGGUCGUCAAUUCUUGU